UUUAUAAUCCGCAUCACGCUGAAACAACAACGGAAUCCAAGGUGUGAGUAUUUCGACUUCCGCAUUCGGUCAAGUCUACCUCAUUUUCUCACUUGUACUGUAAUGGCCAUUCUAAUAUUGCUGCUACUUGCCCUCUCAACUUCUGCUCAAGAUUCACAUGACGGCACUCAUACCAGUGGAGUCAGCACUAUGAGCCCCGGAGCCGAUCUCCAGCAGCAACUAUUUGCUGAACAAAGUUAUACAACUGGAUCUACACUUCAACCGAUAGCUCCAAUACUGAUGGAACAAACUACCCAACCUGCAACCUCUUCAACUACUCUAGUACCAUUACCGGUGAACAGGGAAGCACUUUCAACCUGUAUGGGAAAGCUGAAACUCGCGUGUAUGGUGAAUCUGUAUGUAAGGCGACUGCUAGAUAAAUACGUUGGAUCAGGACGAUUAGACAAAAUUAGAGACGUAAUUGAAGCUGAGGCCGAUAUUCUUUGUAAUGCUGAAGAAAAUAUUGCGAUGGAGGCGUUUCUGGGUAACCACACGGAUGGGAUUCUCGUUGCACAAGGAGUGACAAGCAAUCUUACGAGCAGUGAUAAGGAUCAACUCAAUACAAUGGAAAAUCUGAACGACACAAUCGGAGAACGGUUUUUCUACUUACGAAAAUUCAGUACCAUUAACGAGACAGACCGAUUAACGCUUGAGCGCGCCUUCAACAGCAUCAUGAAGACUUUCUCGAGUUCGAGUGCACCCAAUGCAACACUGCAAGCUGUUGCUGCUCUAUCACCAGCAGAUGUGGCACAAAUAAGGACUGUCGACGACAGCAACCGUUUCGAUUUCAUAAUGGAGCGUCUCAAUGCUUGUAACAUUACUGACAACGUUGCCGCUGCAGACGUUACCAGGCUAUUUCUAGUACCAGCUGUGGUCUAA